CCUCCAAGUCAGCUGGUUUGAAAACCCGCCCACCACAAACCUCUUCAUCCAUUCGAGAUUUGCUUUACAAGGAAGAAGAUAUGAGCUAUAAAGACUUCAAGAGAAAGUUAACUGCAGAGUCCUCCUUGCCAGUUGGCGUGGGAGAAAACCGUGAAAAGCUCCAAGGAAAAUUUCACAGAAUCAUCGACUCUGUUAAGCGUCUCUGGUGCCGGGCAGGGAUCAUCUUCAUCAUCUUUAUGGUUGUUGUAGCUGCAGUUGUGUUGCCCUUAGUUUUUUCACUGUCAGGAGGAGGAAAGAAUGAAAAUAACCAUACUGCUUGCUCAAUUGACUGGAUUGGAAAUGGGAGUAAAUAUUUCUAUUUUUCUGAAGACCUAACAGACUGGAUAUCCAGCCAGAAAUUCUGUGUGGAACAAAAUGCCCAACUAGCUCAAUUUGAGAGCCUGGAGGAGCUGGAUUUCCUAAAUGGACACAAGAAUGAUUCUGCCUACUGGAUUGGCCUGCACAGAGAGUCAACACAACACCCAUGGACGUGGACAGACAACACUAAAUAUAACGACUCGGUUCCCAUCCGAGGAGAAGGACAAUAUGCCUACCUGAGUGACAGAGGGAUCAGCAGUGGCAGGGAGUACAUGCCCAGGAAGUGGAUUUGUAGCAAGCCCAACAGCUAUUUACAGUGCCCAGUAGUUUCACAGCUUGUUUGAAAGCAAUCAUGAGAGAUCUGUAACGUGUUGUCUAUAGUAGCAGCCUCAUUUCUUUAUCUUAUAAAAUUAUCAAAAUCAA